GUAUUUGCCGGGUAUCGGAGGUCAGGCGUGUUCGUAACAUUAUAGAGAAAUGUUACAAGAAGAGUAAAUAACCGGGUAAAAUAGGAUGAAGUCCCAUGACUAGGUUCAAAAACGGUCUGGCUAAUGGGCAGAUAAUUCGCCGAAGCCAAAAUAAACGACAUAGAGAACAAAACUGAAUACAUAAUUUGUACGACCGUUUUGUCCUACAAAGGCGCGGAUAGUUUGACAGCGAUAGGAGUGCACUUCGCAGGCCUGACGUUAGGCAAAUCACUUGCAUCUUAAACAAUCUAUGACAAAUUAAGACUCUUCUUUUCUCGCUCGUCAAAUAAAGACAACUCGAAUAUGAGGAAGGACGUGCGGAUACUACUCGUCGGGGAACCCAAGGUAGGGAAGACGUCGCUGAUUAUGUCCCUGGUCAGCGAGGAGUUUCCUGAUGAGGUUCCCCUUCGAGCCGAGGAGAUAACCAUUCCAGCCGACGUCACGCCGGAGAGGGUCCCCACACACAUAGUGGACUACUCAGAGGCUGAGCAGUCAGAUGAACAGCUCUAUCAAGAAAUAUCAAAGGCAAAUGUUAUCUGCAUAGUGUAUUCCGUCAACAACAAGAAGUCCAUAGAGAAGGUGACGAGCCAUUGGAUUCCCCUCAUAAAUGACAGAACAGACAAGGACAGCAGGGUUCCAUUGAUCCUGGUUGGCAACAAGUCUGACCUGGUGGAACACAGCAGUAUGGAGACCAUCCUGCCCAUCAUGAACCAGUACCAGGACAUCGAGACCUGUGUCGAGUGUUCUGCUAAGAACCUGAAGAACAUCUCUGAGCUAUUCUACUACGCCCAGAAGGCUGUGCUCCACCCUACCGGACCCCUCUACUGUCCAGAGGAGAAGGAGAUGAAGCCUUCCUGUGUAAAGGCCUUAACACGUAUAUUUAAAGUGUCUGACCUGGACAACGACGGCAUCCUCAACGACAAUGAACUCAAUUUCUUUCAGAGGACAUGCUUCAACACACCGCUGGCGCCCCAGGCAUUGGAGGACGUGAAGAACGUUGUGAGGAGGAACAUGACAGAUGGCGUCCAGGACAACGGACUGACACUGAAAGGCUUCCUGUUCCUGCACACACUCUUCAUCCAGAGGGGGCGGCACGAGACCACCUGGACGGUUCUCCGGAGGUUCGGCUAUGACGACGAUUUGGAGCUCACUCAGGAGUACCUGUUCCCCUUGAUAAAGAUCCCCCCAGACUGCACCACCGAGCUGAACCACAACGCUUACCUGUUCCUCCAGAGCGUCUUCGACAAGCACGACAAAGACAGAGACUGUGCCCUGUCGCCAGAAGAGGUUAAGGACCUGUUCAAGGUGUUCCCCUACAUGCCCUGGGGCCCUGAUGUCAACAACACUGUCUGCACCAACGACAAGGGCUGGAUCACCUACCAGGGAUACCUCUCUCAGUGGACGUUAACAACGUACCUGGACGUGCAACGCAGUCUGGAGUACCUGGGAUACCUGGGCUACUCCAUCAUCUACGAGCAGGAGUCUCAAGCUGCCGCCAUGACAGUGACGCGGAACAAGCGCAUCGACCUGCAGAAGAAGCAGACGCAGCGCAGCGUUUUCCGCUGCAACGUGGUUGGGUCGCAGGGGAGCGGCAAGAGCGGCUUCCUGCAGGCCUUCCUGGGCCGCAGUCUGCAGCGACAGAGGACGAUCAGGGAGGACCACAAGUCCCUGUAUGCCAUCAGCACUACGUACGUCUAUGGACAGGAGAAAUACCUUCUGCUGCAUGAGGUGAUGCCAGAGUUUGACUUCCUCGGUCCCGAUGAGGCCGACCUAUCAUGCGACGUUGUCUGCCUGGUGUACGAUGUCAACAAUCCACAGUCAUUUGAAUACUGUGCCAAGGUCUACAAGAAACACUUCAUGGACAGCAAGACGCCCUGCAUGCUGAUUGCAGCCAAGUCGGACCUGCACGAGAUCCGACAGCACUACAGCCUAACCCCGCUUGAGUUCUGCCGCCGACACAAGCUCCACCCGCCCCAGCCCUUCACCUGCAACACCAGUGACGUGCCCAUCAAAGACCUCUACACCAAACUCACCACCAUGGCUAUGUACCCCCACGCCCGUCUCCGCUGCACGUGUGCCAGCAAAAGGUGCGCGUAUUGCCUGUGUCAGAAGCUCUUGACGCUGGGACUCCUGCGCAGUGUUAAGGCUCAGCUCCGCCGGGUGGCGCUCCACAGGCACCUGGCGCAGGUGGACUCAAAGAACUCCACGUUCUGGCUCCGGGCGAGUCUGGGGGCCACCGUAUUCGCCGUGCUGGGCUUCGCCAUGUACAGAGCACUGCUGAAGCAGCGAUGAUUCACCGUCACCGGGUGCAUGCAUGAGACAUCAAAUCCCCCGUCCCCCUGCUCCUUCUCAUGCCAUAAUGGCCGCCUUAUUCCUGACAGACUAAAGACUACUCCCGCCAAACCACCCGGGCCUCGCUGCAUCAUCAUCACCAACCCUGUGUACGUGUCUCAAGAAGAACAAGUGGAUGGCCAGAUUGAUGCAUUUUAUAAAUAUAUAUAUUUGAAAAUAAAGGGUGUUUUUUUUCUUAUUUUGUUGAGUGGAAUUGGAAAUGGUUUAUUUUAGAAAUCUUUAGAGAUUUGUGCGCAGUUUAGCUGCAGCCAAUCUAGGAUCAUCCUAUUCUAUUCCAGGCUAUACAUAAGGUAGUCAUGUUUUAAACUUUUAAUUACACAUGCACGCAUAUCAACAUAUACAUUUUAGGAUUGAGCACCUCCCCAGAGAAUUUAACCCAGAAGAAAAUGGCAAGGUUGAUGUGACUGUCAUCCAAACAAAGCAAUUUCUAUCUUCAGAAAAUUGUGUAAUGCACCUUUCUUGUUUAUAUUAAAUUAUUUUCUUUCCAUUUACUUUAUUUUUGGUUCCGUUUAUUUGGGGUCUGUAAAGAGUGUUUUGCUCAGUGCCACAUGGAAAAGAUGGAGGGAAUUACAUUUCGGUGUAUGUUAAGUAUUAUCAAUGAUUGUUUAUAUUGAGAAUCUCGUGCGCCUUUUCUGCUUCUAAAAUACAACUUUUUUCUGUUCUGUUCUCAUUAACUUAACUAAAAUUAUUUUAUUCUACACAAUGAUCUAAUACCCCCCCCCCCCUCCCAUAGAGCUAUGGAACUGUUUAUUCGUAUGGACUUUUCCAGCACUUACAAUAUAGGUACAAUAAAUAUGUGAGU